CUAUUUCGCCUCAAGUCCUGUGCGGCGCUUGGAUGGAGGCGACUCCCCCAUUUCGUGUCGUCACACCGACGCCCCGCCUUCCUGUGCGGUGCUGAGCGGCCGGCGGUAACUCGGGCCCUACGUUUGUCGUCUGCUUGAACUUGCCCUUAGGAGUGGAGAAAACGACGAGAGAGAUGGAAGAAAAACGUGAGACGGCGGCCAUGGAGCGUGGGAAAAGAAUAGAAGACGAACCGAAAAUAGCGGGUGGGCCCCAUGCGGGCCCAGUCGGGGAAACGUCAUCCAGGAGUGGUCAAUCGGAUCAGGAAACCUCGAUGAUGAGAAUCAAGGAAGAGGCCGCAGGGGUAGAUGGAAUAUAUGAAGAUCCCACUGAUUCACAAUUUGGUGGGCUUUUCCCUGGAUCACAUAUUGGCUGGGGAUCACUUGACACUAGUGUAGAGGGAUUAAGUCAAUUAGGAGGAGCACCAGGACCUGAUCAUUGUGAAGAGCGGGCUUCCCGUCCAGGAAACAGUCGCAUUCCUGGUAAAGAUCAUCGACGCUAUUACCACAGCUACUGGAGGUUAGAAUAUUUGAUGGACUUCAACCCUCGCUGUCAUAGCAUGAUUUGCAUGGUGUGUGGCAGCUCUCUAGCAACUUUGAAACUUAGCACUAUUAAGCGACACAUACGCCAGAAACAUCCCUAUUCUCUCAACUGGACACCGGGUGAAAAGGAAGUCAUCAUUGGCAGCUGGGAUGCUCACCUUUGCGUAGAUGCUCAGACGCUGACAGGGACAGGUGAUGAGCUUGGAUCAGAGGACUUAGACAUUUCACCACAACCUAAGAAAAAGCGUCGCCGCCUUCCGCCAGUGAUGAAAGGUGUAUGGCGCCCUGUAUUUGGUCCAGAAUUCCCUCAGCCUGCUCCUCCAGAUACCAGCCAUCUUGAACAAUAUCUAAAUGAGUCUCUUCAGCAGUGGUUCAGAGUAGAAUUCUUAAUGGAUUAUGACUGUCAGGGUAACCAGCUCCAUUGCAUGAUGUGUGCCACUGUCUUACCUAGUCUAAACCUCGCUGAUAUAAAGCAUCACAUCUUGUAUACACAUCCUACCUCUCUCCAGUUGAGCCCCACACAGAAAAGUGUGAUUCUCGAGGCCUGGUCAAAUCGCGGACAAAUGCUGGAAGAAGAGGGGGAGGAUGAAAUGGAUGAAGAUGACGAGGAAGAAGAGGAAGAUGAAGACCUUUUCAAAAGCGAUUUGAGAGAAGACGAGGAAGCAGGAGAUAGCUCACCAUUUAGUCUUGCAAUGGAGAGGGAAGUACAGGAAAAUAAUUUAAGCGAGUUUGAUGUUAUGGAGGAGGAAAUUCAAAAGAAUAAGGAAACUAUGAUGAAUACAAGAGAAGGUGAAAAUCUAAAGGCUAAAGAAGGUCAGAGACUUGUGGAAGAAAAACUAAAUAAAAAAGAAACACAGGAGAUGUCUCAAAAUGACUUAAAGGUAAGAGAGGUUCUGAGAAUAGAGGAUGAGAAGUUAAAGGAUAUUCAAAAGCAUGAAGACCAGACGGUGGAAAAUGAUAAACUAAAGGGAGGAGAGCCACAGAGAAUAGAGAAUGAAAUUAUAAAAGCAAGAGAUGUGCAGCUAUUGGAGAAGGAGAACUUAGAAAUGUGUGAAGCCCAGAAAUCUGAGGAGGAGAGAUUGAAAUCUGUUGAGGUUGAAAGACUUGAGAGGACGAAAGAGACUCAUAAAUUAACAAAACAUAAAUUAGAAUUACAGAAUGGAGACAAGAUAGUGAAAAUCGAGGAGGAGGAGCAACAGAUAGACCUGACUGUGGAGGAGGAGAUAAAAGAAACAGAAAAGAAUCAGAUGGAAAUAGAGGGGCAGAAAUCACCAAUGACUUUAGAUUCACAGACAACUGUACCUGAAGAAAAGAAAAAAGCAGUUGAGGUGGAAAAGCCCUGUGUCUUACAGUUGCAACAAGUAUCGUCAGUCCCACAGACAGUGCUGGGAAUUGGGCUUCCUGUAUUAAAAAUGGAAUCUCCAACACCCAUACUUAUCACUCGAGUCUCUGUUAUCCCUGACCCCUCCCUCCUUCAGUCUUCAAAAGCUUCCCCAUCUCCUUCUCCCUCCCCAUCUCUUUCACUUUCUCCAUCUCCCUCAUCAUCUUCUGAUUUCACCAAGUCCUGGAGGGUUAUUGCACCAAAGGUCUCCCCAACAGAGCUCAAAACACCCAAACCAACCUCUGCUAGCUUUGAUUCUUCCCGCUGGCCCCCUGGGGUUGACCCCAUGCUAUGGGAGGUAAGUCUUUGGCGUGGAAACCCUGCAAGCCGGAUACAGUGUGCUUCUUACCAAAAUCGUUGGCGCUCUGAGUACCUAAUGGACUACAAUGGUCUCCGUGGAAGUGUUGUCUGCAUGUACUGCUGUUCUUCCCUCACUGUUCUGAAGGAAAGCAGCAUCAGAAGACAUAUCGUACAGAAGCAUGCACGCACUGGAGACUUCACAGCUGAAGAGAGGGCUGCUGUAAUCCAUGAGUGGGAGACAAAGGUGGCUGAAGUAAGGAAAAUGGUGACCGAGCAGCAGAAUGAUGGAGUUGUAAGAAAGAGUGAUAAAGUUCUGGAUGCAUCAGAAUGGGUUGUGGAAGAAGACGAGACUGUCUGGUCAGGACCAGCUCCCACAGAAGGCAGUGGAGCCUCAUGGGAAUAUGCAUUUGGAAGAUUGCAGGGUAAAGCAAAGGAUCCCCGCAGAUACCAGCAUGAUCGAUGGAAGCUUGAAUACCUAAUGGACUACACACCAGAAAAGGAUGGGCUAAUCUGUAUGGUAUGUGGAGUCACUCUUAUAAACCCCAAAAUCACUACAGUCAAGAUGCACAUCCAACAAAAGCACCCAGAUACCACAUACUUGAGUGACCAGGAAAAGGGUGUGGUUAUGGAGGAGUGGGAACAAAAAAUGGCAGCUGGGAAAAAAGGAGAAGCUCAGCAAGAUGGUGAGGAUGAGAUCUGUAUAGAGAUUAACGAGGAAUCUGUAACUUCUGACAGCAAUGGAUCUAUUGCUGAGAACUGUAAUUUCCGUUCAGAGGUCAUCAAACCAUCUUCAUCCAAGUCUUCUAAAACUACCCCGUGUCUGCCUCCUCCCUGCAACAGUGCCAAACGGAACUAUCAAGUCCGUUGGCGCACAGAGUUCAUGAUGGAUUAUGACUGCCGUAGGCAGGGCCUGAUCUGCAUGGUUUGUGGUGGCACACUGGCCACUCUUAAAGUCAGUACUAUUAAACGUCACAUUGUUCAGGUACACCCGUAUUCUGUGAACUUCACAGCUGAGGAGAGACAGCGGAUUCUGGAGGCCUAUAGCACUAUGGCACUUCAUUACAUCCAUUCAGAGGAUUGUUUCAAACAGCAGCCCCAGGAAGAAGUACGAGAGCGCAAGAAAAAGGCUAUAAUGGACCUAUGAGGUGAUAUACAAUAAAAACAUUUUUUUUUUCGAUAAUAAUGAAU